AUUAUAUUAUUUACAUUCCAAAUGCACUACACUACAGGCAAUGCAAUUGCUGCCACACGCCCCUACAAACCCGAUGAGAAACCUGCAAGGGUGCGGAGGUGAAUGAAGAUCAGUAUUGAGCGAAGGGCGGUUGCGGCGGCGCAGUGUGACAGGAGCUUUGCAGCGAGGCGCAGUGACGGCCAGUCUACUCCAAGACCCCAAGGUUGUGGCUGUUGUCACAAUUCCCAGACACACGGCCGAGCAGCCCAAUCUUGACACUCCCCAUUGGAUUGUGGAAGUCUCUGCCUGGCACCCUGUUACUCCUCGAUAGCCAGGCAAACACCUUGUCACGGCAGCAGCCGAGUUGGAGGUUCCCGCGCCGCCUUCCUCGCUGCGGGUUUCGCAAGCCUUGCGUUGUGUUGUGUCUGUGUACAUCGCCUUUGCCGCCGCCAUGUACGGGGGGAUGAUGAGGGUUGCCAAGUGUCCCAACGAGGAACUCUCCUUCACCAAUUGCGUGAUAGUCAACGAGAAUGAUUUCCCUCUCAAAGUCAAGUACAUUCAGGUUACAGCUGAGCAAGGGCGGCAGUAUAUCUACACCAUCAGACAUGAUGGGGUGAAGCCUGGUCACAUGGGAGUCAAUGCCAUCCAGCGCAAACAGGCAAUGCUUUCCCUUGACCAAGAGAUCCGAGUGGAGCCCUACGUACAUGACCCACAGAGGCAGCUAAUUGGCACAAUGGUGAUAGAGGCUGACUUCCUGCAAAAAAAGAGCACUACCAAUGAGCCUUACAACACAGACCAGAUGUCGAUGGCCUUCAUGGAGCAGUUUGCCAAGAAUGGGUUUACUGUUGGCCAGCCUCUUGUAUUCAAGUUCCAGGAUAAAAAGACACUGUCCCUCACCAUCAAAGAAAUUGAAGCUGCAGAUCCAGAGGCAGUUGCAUCAGGAAAGAAAAGGGAACCCCGCAAGAUAGACUUUGGAGUGUUGCAGCCCAAUUCUUCACUUAUUUUCGAAAAGAGUGAAGGCUCCUUUUUGAUUCUUACUGGCAAAGCAAAGGCCCGCUCAUCUCACACCAGCCUGUUUUCAGCUGACUGGGACUUUCAGAAGAUGGGUAUUGGUGGUCUAGAUGAACAAUUUAUUCAGAUCCUGAGAAGAGCCUUUGCUUCCAGAGUCUUCCCACCAGAAGUGACAGAACAGUUGGGAGUAAAGCAUGUUAAAGGUCUUCUGUUGUAUGGACCUCCAGGUACCGGCAAAACCUUGAUGGCCCGCCAAAUAGGGAAGAUGCUCAAUGCUCGAGAGCCAAAAAUCGUCAAUGGCCCAGAAAUCCUAGACAAGUAUGUGGGAGAGUCUGAGGCCAAUGUGCGCCGCCUUUUUGCUGAGGCUGAGGAAGAGGAAAAGAGGAUGGGACCAAACUCUGGGCUUCACAUCAUCAUCUUUGAUGAGAUUGAUGCCAUCUGCAAACAGAGAGGUUCUGUUGCUGGCAGCACUGGUGUCAACGAUACUGUUGUCAACCAACUGCUGUCCAAGAUUGAUGGUGUGGAGCAACUCAACAAUAUUCUGGUUAUUGGCAUGACCAACAGAAAGGACAUGAUGGAUGAAGCUCUAUUGAGGCCGGGCAGAUUGGAAAUUCAAGUAGAAAUUGGACUUCCUGAUGAACAGGGUCGUUUUGACAUCCUGAAGAUUAAAACAGCAAAGAUGGAGGAGCACAAUAAGCUGGACCGUGAUGUUGAUCUUGCAGAGGUUGCAUCUUUGACAAAGAACUUCUCAGGAGCAGAACUUGAGGGCCUGGUUAAGGCUGCCUCAUCCUCAGCCCUGAAGCGCUACAUUCAUCUUGGAAAUAAAAUUGAAGUUGAUCCAAAUGCCAUUGACAAGCUAAAAAUUACAAGAUCAGACUUUAUAUAUUCUCUUGAAAAUGAUGUGAAGCCUUCUUUAGGCACCAGUGAUGAAGCUUUGUCAAAGUUUAUUGAACGAGGAAUUAUUAAUUGGGGAGCAACCAGAGAACUAGUGGAGAAGGGGUUGAUGUUUGUCAAACAGGCAAGGUCUCCUGAAACUAGCAAUCGCCUUUGCCUUUUGCUUGAAGGAGCACCAACUGCAGGUACAUCUGCAAUGGCAGCCUAUUUAUGCAAAAACUCUGACUUCCCUUUCAUCAAAGUACUUAAUUCUCGAGACAUGGUUGGUUUUAUGGAGUCUUCCAAGUGUUUUAAAAUUAGUAAAAUAUUUGAUGAUGCAUAUCGCUCUGAAUUGAGCUGCAUCUUUAUGAACGACCUUGAACACUUGAUGGGGUAUUCACCAAUUGGUCCCCGAUACCAGUCCCUUGUUUUGGAUGCCAUGUACUCUCUUCUGUCGGCUUCCCCUCCUCCUGGUCGCAAGCUCCUUGUCAUUUGCACUUCUAAACGCCGCUCAGUGCUAGAAGAGCUGGGUCUCCUCUCCGCCUUCACAGCUGUCAUCAGGGUUCCAUACAUUGCACAUGUGGAGGAUGUCAGACUGGUCCUGGAAGAGUCGCAAGCAAUGAGCCCAGAGGAGAUUGAUGCUGUCAUGAAACACAUUCGUCAUGGAAAAGUCUUUGUUGGAGUUAAAAAGUUGCUGGGUCUCCUAGACAGUAUGCGUGUCAUGAAAGGAGUUGAUUGCCGCAAGAGAGUAGCUGCAUUUGUCAACUUGUUAGAAGAUGAGGGAGUAUACACACAAGAACUAUAAUUAGAAAGAUGAAGCAAUUUGAGCUGACCCAUGGCCAUAUAAGUGGAACAAGAUAUCUUGUGAUAAGAAGAAAGUAUACAUGGUGAGUACCAGUAUGAUUAUUUUCUCAUUGUUGAAUAUGAAUUUUCAAUUACGUAUAUAAUAAACAGUGAAUAAACUGAGAUAAACUGGGUACCAUGCUACCAUCAUGUAUAAGCAGUUCUUGUGAGUUACAUGAAAAUUGAUUUGACAAGUUCUGAAAUCAAGGUGCAGUAGUAAUGCAUGGGAAAAUUGGUCGUCUAAUUGUUUGGCUUGGCUUUAGUACUAAAUAUAGAACAUGAUGCAGAUAUGUCAGCUGAUUUUUUUUCUCCACAUUGAGGUAAAUAUACAAAAUUAUAGUUCCCUCCACUGUGGUGUCUUAGUUACUCACUUGCUUUGGCAUAAUAAAUGAGCAAAAUAUAAUGUACAUAAGAUGUCAGACAUAUCCUUAAUCAUUCAUAGUGAGCUUCUUCCUCUUCUUUAAGAUUUACCCCUUUAAUAAGGGGACAGGGCCUUUGCACAUAGGCGGCCCUGUGCUGCUGCUAUGGAUUCCUUUACUUUGUAAGUACAAGUAGCUUGAGUUUAUCAUCUGCUGCUGAUUUUUAUUUACCCAGCUGUGGAGAAGGUAAUGGUAGCCAUAUAAAAUAAUAGAUGAAAUCUAGAUAUUACUAAUAAUUCUAGCUUCCAUAUUAAUCAUUCAAAUACAUCUGUACCCAUAUGUAUGUAUAUCAAUAUAGAUUUACUACAUUGGAAAAUUGGUGUGGUAUUUAAAAUUAUCAUCACUCAUAAUAUCACUGAAAUUAAUAAUAAUCACAAAACCUCUUUAUAUAACCAUCAUAUGUAUGAGAGUAAGAUACCAGUAUCAAUAACAAUAUCAAAAAGGAUUAGGUUGUGGAAUUUGAAGGAUGGGGAAUCAAGGAAUGAGUUUGAAAAAUGGUUUGGUGAAAAGAUUGAUUCAACUGAAUGCUCCCAGAAAUAAUUGAAGGGUAAUAUAUUGUAAGAUGGAAAAGAAGUAUAUGGAUAAAUACCAGGCAAGAUUUACAUAAAUUUACAUAGAAAAUCAGACCACACAACCCAUGGUCCAGACUAGGUGCUCUGUCCUUAAACCUAAGUGAUUCUACACUAAUCAGAUGGCUCUGAAACGUUGCACUUCAACUCUAGCUAAUAUUAAGUUCAAGGAAGUGAUGGUCGAGUUUGUUUUUAAAGGCGUCAAUCGUGUUACACUGGACCACUGAAGGUGGGAGCUUAUUCCAUUCUCGCACUACAACAUUGGUGAAGAAAAAUUUGGUGCAAUCUGAAUUUACUUGUUUACAUUUGAAUUUUAUGCCAUUCUUCCUCGUUCGCAAAGUGUCAUCGAUCAUAAACAAUUCUGAUCUGUCUACAUUCGUGAAACCAUUAAGUAUUUUAAAACAUUUGAUCAGUGUUCCUCGGAGGCGACGUUUCUCAAGAGAGAACAUGUUAAGGGUGGAAAGCCUUUCUUCGUAGGAUUUGUUGCGCAAGGAAGGGAUCAUUUUUGUUGCCCAAUGCUGAACACCUAAUUUAGCAAUGUCCUUUGCAUGGUGGGGAGACUGAAACUGUACUGCAUAUUUCAAGUGGGGUCUGACUAUACUAUUGUAGAGUGGAAGUAUUACAUAUUUAUUCUUGAAUAAAAAGUUUCUUUUAAUGAAGCCCAACAUUCUGUUCGCUUUAUUUGCUGCAUCGAUGCAUUGCUGUGAGAAUUUGAGGUUUGACGCGAUUUUGACCCCCAGGUUCUUAACGCAUUGAAUGCUUUUGAGUUUAAUGCCGCGCAUUUCAUAAUCAAACUUCUUAUUUCUUGUUCCAACUUUGAAUUGUCUUUCCUGGAAUGUCUUAUUCCUUGAUAAGGGAACAAUUGACAAAAAAAAUGAAAUGAUCAUAUGUAUAUAUGCAAGAAAUUUGGUCGAAAUAAAUCAUGGAGUCGGCCCAUUACCGUGUAGAACUCAUGAAAUUAUUCUAUAAAUGCACAGGCACAUAUCUCUGUACCAAAGCACUGGUACAAAACUUAGUAAUUUAUUUCCUUACUGCAAUCCUAGUUUUAAAUUAGGAAUAAUAUCGCAUCACAAUUUAGUGAUAGUAAAUUGAUGUAAAGGUAAAGGUAAAGUUAGGGGGAUAUGCUAUAGCUGUGCAUGCCUCAUGAUGUGUAAGGUAAAUAAUAUUGAUGUAGAUGACCACAAAAUGUAUGUGCUCCAACCCCUAAAAUCCAGAGUGCUCAGUUCCAAAAUCAUGGAACAUGAGAAUUUUACUUCCAUACAUAAAAUGGAUUCACUUUACCUCUGGAAUUCCAGAAUGCUGAUGUUCCAGAAUCAUAGAAUUCAUUGCUAAACAUUAGAAGAAUAACUGAUACUGUAUGAAGAACUGAAUGCAUUCUGUGGUUGCAGUAGCCUUGCCUAUUGAAAAAUAAUACCAAUAAUGUUGCAUGACAAUGAAAGUAAAGUUAUAGAAGUCUGAGGUACCUUGUGGACCAAUGAUGAUGCUUGUUCUUGAUCUUAUUUUUGUUAAUAACUUGUGUAUUCAGAUAAUGGUAUUGUUAUAACCCCUGAUCUGGACCAAGAACAUGCAGCAUUGAUGCACGAGUCAUAUAAAUAACAUUAUACUGAUUGUUUUAUUUCAGUGCUGUCUCUAUUUUUGAUUAAGUGUGUGAAGGGAGUAGGUGUUCUCAUCUGUAUCCCUCAUUUCACCAAGUGUUUUGUAGAGUAUCAUAUAAUAUCAUGUUGGCAUCUCAGUAGUAUUAAGAAUAAUGAUAGGCAUAUUGUUUCUAUGCAGGAUUAUAAAUGAAUAUUGUAGCAAACUUAUCAGACAGAUGUUCAAACACAAAGUAUAGGAGUGUUAUUUAUAUUGCAGUGUAUUUGAAAUACCGGUAUUAUUUUAUAAAAUGCAAAUUUGAGUUAAAGUGUUAAAUAUUCUGAAGUCUGUGUAGAAUUAAAUAAAGACAAUAAUCUCUGAUUUGAACAGAGCAUUGGAUGAAAGGGAUGUGUGAAGCAACAAAGUAUCUGAAAAUGAAACAUUUUAGCAUAAACUAAACCCAUAAUAUAUGUUUGAGCUAAUUCUGUGUUAUCAUGACAACAAAUGAGAAAUUUAUAAUUCCCACUUCUGUAAUUUCUUGAAUUAAUUUCAGAAGGAUUAUAUCACUUGCCUUUAUUUCUUUAUUGUAAUUGAUAAUAUAGCACUAUUUUGCAGAAGACUCAUGGGAAUAACAUUAUGAUUAUAAGUGUUUUGGAUGUCUUUGUUUGCACUGGUUUGUAAAGCACAGGUAAUUACAUGGCAGACUUCAUUAUUAAUUUCUUAGUCAUAUCAUUACCAUAUUCAGUAAAAGUUUGUUAAUCCAUUUUGCAGCGAACCAGCCUCAUGCUGCAUUAUCAGAUAUGCUGGACUAUUGGGUGGUAGUACAUGUAUGAACAAUAAGUUGGUACGAUUUAUUUAUUUAUCUAUUUAUUGUGAUUAUUAUUUUUCCUUCAGUCUGGUCCCCCUUGUAUUGAUGAGUCUUAGUGAUAAGGAAAGGAAAGAGGAGGAAUGUUAUGUUUUCCACCAUCUGUGGAGCAGAUACCACCUGGUUUGCCACCACUCUUGUUGAUAGAUGGAUCUUAGUAAAAAGGAAGGCCAGAGAGAGAAGGAUAGAAGGAAGCUGGAAUGAAAUUGAGGAUGUGAUAGAAAACAAUCCACAGGUGAUGUGUGGACAACACAGCUGGCAAUGGGACUGGAGUAUGAAAUGGGAGAUGGAGUUCAAUGUGAAGAAAUGUCAUGUAAUGGAAAUGGGAAAGAGUGAAGGAAGACCAAAAUGGACAUAUAGAAUGGGAGAUGGAGAAAUACCUGAUAUUAAAAAAAGUUCAAGAAGAAAGAGACCUGGGAGUGACAAUUCAGGAUAAUCAACAGCCUGAGAGUCAUGUUAAUAGGAUAUUCGAUGGUACUUAUAGAAUGGUAAGAAAUAUAGGAUUAACAUUCCACUAUAUACAUGGAUAAGGAUAUGAUGAUAAAGAUAAUAACCACUAUGAUUAGACCAAAAUUGGAAUAUGCAGAAACGGUGUGGUCUCCCCAUAAGAAGAAACCCCCCAAAAAAUAGAAAGAAUACAAUGGAUGGCAACAAAAAUGGUUCCAGAACUGGAGGGAUUGUCAUAUGAAGAAAGGUCAAAGGAAAUGGACCUACCAACACUGGAACAAAGAAGAGAAAGGGGAGACCUGAUACAAAUUUAUAAACUAUUGAUUAAAAUGGAGGAAGUAGACAAUGAGCUGUUACUACUAGGAGAAGGAAGAAACGUCAGCAACACAUGAGGGCACAGUAAAAAGUUGAGGAAAGGAAGAUGCUUGAGAGACAUAAAGAAAUAUAGCUUCCCGCAAAGAAACAUAGAGGUUUGGAACAGACUAAGUGAGGAUGUUGUAUCGGCAAAGAGUGUGCACAACAUUAAGGAAAAGCUGGACAAGUACAGAUAUGGAGACGGGACCACACGAGCGUAAGCCCAGGCCCUGUAAAACUACAACUAGGUAAACUAGGUAAAGACAUGCUCAGGCUACCCAGACUUGGCCGUGAUAGGCACUCCCUCUUUUUUUUGUAUGGAAGGUGUAAAAGUUUGUGCAGCAUCUUUAGAAAUGCAAAAGAAUGUCUUAUUCUGAGGAAAUAAUCUUCAAUAAUUUUCAUAUUUGUUAUGGCAAGCUGAAUUGAACGUUCAAAGAAAGUGUUAAAUAUUCUAUUUGUUAAAUUAGUUAGUUAAGUAUUAAAUUUGUUUUUUUGUUUUUUUGUUUUUGUCACUAUUUAGAAGUUUAAUAAUGUAUGUAUUUUCUUACUAGGAGAAAGCUGCAGGAAACUAACUCUUAUUUAUAUCAAUUAUCCUAUAAAAAAUUGGUUUUGUUAUGUAGUACAUGACCUGCCUGAUGGGAAAGUCUCAAACUCACUCUGUGAGGGGGGUACCUCUUUGGCCGACUGGUUAAGGAGUGACUUUCCCAUCUCGCUGGUCGCAGAUUCGAUCCCCGGUGCCGGUAAAACAAUUUCCUGGUCUGGAUUAAUUUCUUAAGUGCACACUUUGUGGUUGUGUGGAGAUAUAGCGAAGUGGAUUCCAUUUCACUUAAACUCAUAGUUUCCAAGAACCAAGAUUUACUCUACGUUGUAUCUGUCAUCAUAUUUACCAUUACCUUUACUUUCAUUACUGCUGUAGUCACAAUGCAUGAAGCUUUGUGAAGAAGCAAUUAGAAAUCUAAAACCAAGAGUUUUAUUUGCAUUCUCAUAUUGAGUUUUAGGGUCAAUGAAUUUGCUGGAAACUGAAUGUGAUCUGGAAUUUUAACUGCUGAAAGGGAAGUGAGCUUAUAGCCUGAAUUGACUUAUAUGCUGGAGUUUAUUGCAAUAUAAUGUACAUGCUAGAGGUGUUUAUGUAUUCUUCCUAUAGAAAAUAUAUAUCUAGACCAUAAAUACUAUCAUCUUCAACAAAUCUGUGGAGAAUUGUGGUGUUGUUUAGUCUUGUUAAAAAUAUAUUUAAAGGAAGUUAAACAGUGCUCUUGAGAAGUCCUGCUUGUUGAUUCCAUUAAAUUUUACUAUAGCCCAGCUUAAAGAAAGGAGUAGAUAUAUAAAUUUUAAUGCCAUUGUAUGAGCAUUAUCCUACAGUGUCUGUCAUAAACUAAUGUGACUAGUUUAUUGAUUUAGCUGAUAAUAGCAAUAUGAAUUAAGAACUUAAAGAAUGAAACGUAUGUUUGCAAGUAAAUCAAGUAUUCAAAUUUCUUUGUGAACUGAAUCUAAGAAGUGUCCCAAUUUGAUUUUGAUUUUCUAAAUUGCGUCUUGGUCUGUCCAUGAAAUAAAUUAAAAAUUUACAGCAAAUGUGGUUUUGUGUGUGGAGGAGGGGUUAGUGGGGGGGUGACAUGUUUUUUGUAGUAUUAUAUUAUAUAUAUAUCACUUAUAGUUUGAUUGUAGAGAUCUGGGGUACAUACCAAUGAAAGAAAUUCUGGGGUAGGCUGAAAUACAGCAGCCAGUAGCCUGACUUGACCUUUGGGAUGUGUCAUGAGUAACAUGUGCUGUGGUCUUGAAGUUACUCAUGACUGUUCACAUUUUGUUCACUAUUAUAUGUAUUUAUAUUUUAUGGUAAUUUAUUGUUGAAUGUUACCAUACAAUGUUUUUAUCUGAAGUGUCUGUAAAAGUAUACUGCAAGCUGUUACUUGAUCAUUGUUGAAAUGACAACCAGUUAUUUAAAGUCUUCAAGGACUUUUGUUAGACUGUAAUAAAUGUGUGAAUUACA